GGCCGCAACAUUCGAUAUCAGUUUCUGGUCUAGACAUUUUUUCGACACACAAUCAUCUGCCAGUUCUGACCAGUUAUAUCUACUUCUAUCUAGUUCUAUCUAAUUAGAAAUAAUUUCAACUUCGAAUUCUAUAAUAUUCGGCACUAAGUUAACCUCGAUUUCUCGGCACUUCUUUUAAUGUGAAGGAGUAUCAAAAAAUCAAGUACUAGGUUUAAGAUAUAUCUUUGUAGAAAUAGCACUACGCACCAAUGUCCGGUGAACAAGAAAAUGAUAACGGUCUUCGAAUCGAUGGACGACGUCCUUUGGAACUUCGGCAAAUUCGAUUGAAAAUGAAUGUCUUUGGACAUGCUGAUGGAAGUGCCUAUUUUGAACAAGGCAAAACCAAAGUCCUCGUUGCAGUCUAUGGACCACAUCAGCCCAAGUCAAAUACCGGUAGGAGUAGCAGUAAAACCGCAGGGGGAGUAUUAAACUGUCAAUACAGCACGGCGGUAUUCAGUUUUAGUGCCGGUGAGCACAAGAGAAGACCUCGUGGAGAUCGAAAAUCGGUUGAACGUUCUCUUCAACUACGGCACUCCUUGGAAGCUAUAGUGCGCUUGGAACUUUAUCCGCGUUCACAAAUAGAUGUAUUUCUUGAAAUUUUAGAAGCCGAUGGUAGUGAAUUUUGUACAGCCAUCAAUGCUGCAACAGUUGCUCUCAUCGACGCUGGCAUUCCAAUCAAGGAUUACGCUAUUGGAUGCACGGUUACAUUGAUGGACUUGAAACUUACAGAAGAUAAUAAAAAAGCUCCAAGAACAGGGGUAAUAGAUGCAAAUUUUGCCGAAGAAUGCGCUUCAGAAGUUACAUUAUCCUUUAUUACGCUUCCUGGGAUAAAUAGCGAUCCAUAUAAAGGAAUGGUAGUAAUGGGACAUGGAGCGGGUCAGCGAUUGCAUUUAUCGAAGUUUCAGACUCUUAGAAACCAAGCUUUAUGUGGCAGUAAACAUAUAAAAGAAAUUUUAGACGAAGCUGUAAGAUAUCACUUGACUCUGCAUUCUCCAUUUUCACCUUUUAAUCUGCAAAUUUCGUUAGACUAAAAGGCAUUCAUUUUGGGUGAACCGUAUCUUUGCAUAUUAUUCAAUAAAUAAUCUCAAAGAACAGCUAGGAAACUGUUUAACGGCUAUAUUCUCCUUCGAUUAAUUUACAAAAAUAGUCAGUGCUAGUUGGCCACUUGUUGAAUAUUCCAUGCUGUGACUUACCAAUACAAAAUCGCAAAUUAGCGUAGAAAAAUAUAAUGAUAUUUUUGAUAUAGCAUUCUAUGUAGUUGA